AUGAGCGCGCCAGAGCUUCACCACGCGCGAGCAGCCUCACGUAGUGUCUCGACCACAAGCUCAGCCUCGACCUUGACUGCACAACCGUCGCCAAGAACCGUGUCGGGCCUGGAGCGUGAUAUCGUUGAUGCGGCAGACACAAGCCGCGUGCUGGAAUGCUCGCAGGUCGAAAGACAGCUAGGCUUCCAGCGCCUUGUGCGCCAACGUGAAGCUGACACCCUCAGCUACUUGUCGCAGAUACUCCAUGGCUGUAAGAGCGCCUACUGUACCACGCCCACGUGCCUCUCGUGCCAAAAGCGCAAUGCCCCUCGGCCCGUUCGCCCCCCAACCCAGCUGACUGCGCGCGCCCUUGCCCACUACCUAGCCAGACACGAUGACCCACGCCGAGGACUCUGUCCGCACGAGCUCAGAGUAGAGCCUGAUUCUCUGCAGAUUGAUGGCGCCGUAGGUGCGCGCCUCCACCAAGCUCGAGAUGGAACUAGACAGUUUAGUCUAUAUCCGUCUGCGCUGGGCGUGGCAGAUGCACAGCAUACAUCUGCAAGUAGGGUGGAUGCGUUACAUCAGGUGGGGACUGUCACGCUUCAGGACUCGCCACGUGCUCAACAGCACGUUGUGGACGCCGUCAAGAGUCGGCAGCAGACGCGCAAGGACAGAAAGUCGUUGUCUCAGAAUCUCUACGACAGUGUCUCCAUGAUAUAUGCCUACUCGAAGCAGUUGCCUAGCUCUACGUCAUUAUUCCAGUCACUGCAAUCAUCAAGCUCACCACCACAAAAUGAUGCCGCACUUUCCAGUCUCCCCGACGCCAAGUGGCCCACGUUUGCAGAGAGCAGUUCCCACGUCACGUCUGCUCCGUUUGCGAACGGCUUCCCGGUCACACCGCCUGUGAAUAUGCCUGCAUCCCCUGAUCGUCAACAUCCACAAUCCAACGGCCAUGUCCGUGCACCAUCUGCUUCUUCCCCGAUUCUCAGCGAUGGCCAGCAGGUCCAUCGCAUUCCAUAUCACGUUCGCGGCUCCCCGAAGCCGGGCAAAUCGAGCAAAGUAACUCAGACUUCCAUUGACGGAACUAUCGACCCGCCAAGAUUAUCAAUUGCAAAGACAAGAAAAAAGUCACAUUCACCCGAGAGAGACGUUCCAGGAAUGGGGCGGACCACCUCACCAAGUUUCGUGCCCAAAGGUGCUGGAAGGGGGUCACCACCUGUUAUCCGUGCUCCCAUCGCCAUUCCAGUCUUGUCGACCUUGAGCUGCAGCUCGCUGGAAGCACUCAAGGACGAUGUAUACGGCCAUCGUAAGGAUCAGUUGCCAGACAACUUCAACUUCUCCGUGGAUUAUGACGCAAACCGUCAUUUUCAGCACUCUACACCGUUUGCCAAUAGAUCGUUGUUCUACACGCUCAGCGACCCUGAAACUCUGCUGAAGUCAUUUCGUGACCCCAGCAAAGCCUUCGAGAAGUCGCCGCUUUCGCACCUUGACUCAGCUCGUUUGACUCACUCAUUCCGGGAUUGGAAUCGCCAUAACGGCGCCCUCGUGUUCGAUAGUCUCUGGAUCGCCUUAAAAGCUCUCUUUACGCCUCCACCUGAGCUCACCGUACAAAAGAGUCCACGUUUGGUACCCUCGCGCAAAGGGGCAUCCGCAAAUAAUCCCACCGAUCGAGACAGCCAAGAUGCACCUUCUGCAUCAAGGAAACAGCGUUAUCUCGACAACGCCGAGGCUGCACACAUUGUCAUGAUUUGCAUCCAUGCUCUGACCUCUUCGGUGUCUGUGGGAUGGCCCCAUACUUGGGCUCAGUUGCGGAAGCUGAGAGCCUGGGGCAUCAUUCUACCAGACGCUGCUCCCAAUAACGAUGACUAUAUACACCCAUAUCUCACCAUCAUAGACGAUCUUGAAUACGAGCCCGCGAUUCGUCUCGCUGAGCAUUUGUUACGCGCCAUCGGCGCCCGUACGUGCUUUGAGCGGAUCUUAUCAACCACCAAGAAGCAGACAGAGAAUCGCGAAGAUGAUGAUAGUACCGCUUCACUCAUGGAAAUUGUUGUGCAGCAUCUGGAAAUAGUCGAACGUGUUGCUCUUGCUACCAAGCGUCGCAUGACGCCUAACGGAGGCCAAUCUGACGAUCCUGGCUGGACUGUAUCUUCUGUCCUUCUCGAAUGGCUGAAGACACUGAUAACAAAAAGAUGGGAUAGCAAGCUUGCGAUCAACAAGUGGACAAGUGUUGGAUCCGCAGUUCUUCUCCUUGACAAGCUCUACCAUUCACGCCCCAGCCUCAGACUACGCCCAGAAAUGUUUGAGAUACCCUUCUUCAAUGAGCGGUUUGAUGCAGUGGAAGAACCGGUCAAGUUCCUUGACUGGGAAGAACAGCCAAACACCCUUCACAUUCUUCAGUAUCCAGCUCUGUUUCCCGAGGAGUAUCUCGUGAGGUACUUCCGCACAAUCAACUUUACUAGUAUGAUGGAACAGUAUAAUCAGACCAUACGUACUAGGCAGAUGCGAGGGCUGCUCCAGAUGUUUCUGCGAGAUCCGCACAAUUGGUUGAUUAAGAAUAAGAUGAAAGUCACGUUAAGCGACUAUCUGUUCCUAAAUGUCAGCCGCGAGAAACCGCUCAAGGACACGCUAGAUCAGCUCUGGGGCCUCGAGAAGCGGAUGCUGUUGAAACCUUUGAAGGUACAGAUGGGGGCUGAAGAGGGCGAGCUCGGACAAGAUCACGGUGGCGUCACAUACGAAUUCUUCAGAGUUGUGCUCAGCGAGGCAUUCAAGCCAGACCAUGGCAUGUUCACUCUCGAUCCCCAGACGCGCAUGACAUGGUUCCAGCCCGGCACUCUAGAACCUGUCUGGAAGUUUGAAAUGCUCGGCAUGAUCUUCAGUCUCGCGGUAUACAACGGCAUCACCCUUCCCGUCACCUUCCCCCAUGCCUUUUACCAGUUUCUACUCCACGGGGUAGCGCCCCUACGUGCCACCAACCUCCACAACAUCCGCGACUGCCUCGACCUCGUCGCAGACGGCUGGCCCGAGCUCGCAAAAAGCUUCGGGCAACUCCUCUCCUUUGAAGGCGAUGUCGCCGACAUCUUCAUGCGCGAAUACGUCUUUAGCUACGACGUCUUCGGGCACCGCGUCGACCACGACAUGGACGAACCAUACACGCAGCCCGGCUCUCCACCACUCACAUCCACACCAAAAGAGCCGAAAAUGGUCACCAACAAAAACAGAGCGCAGUUCAUUUGGGAUUACCUCAAUCAUCUGACUUACCUCUCGGUGCAACCGCAACUCCACGCUUUCAAGCAGGGCUUCUACGCGUGUCUGAACACAAAGGCUAUCGCACUCUUCACCCCAUACACGCUGCGCCAUCUCGUCGAGGGCGAGCAGCACAUCUCCAUACCCGCGCUGCGCCGUUGUGCGCGCUAUGAAGACGGGUACUCGGCAACUCACCCCACCAUCAUCACCUUCUGGCGCAUCGUGGAGCAAUACAGCCAAGACGAUUGUCGCAAGUUGCUCGAGUUCGUCACGGCGUCGGAUCGCGUGCCGGUGACGGGGUACGAGGGAAUUACGUUUCAUAUCAAAAGAGUGGGCGAUGGAGAUAUGCUGCCGACGAGCUCGACGUGCUUUGGGAGGCUGUAUCUCCCGGAGUAUGAGACGGAGGAGAAGAUGGGGAGUAAGCUGCUGUUGGCGAUUCAGAAUUCCAAGGGGUUUGGGGUUGUUUAG